AUGGCAGGUGUGAUGGAGCCUAGGCCUUUAUAUACUAAAAGGUGCCAGUAUUAUACAAGUGGAAUAGGAUACUUAUAUGAUGCCUACCAGACGGAGGUGACGUGCUAUGCCUUAAACAACAAAUGCCAACUGAAAGUGAAAAGUAACACAUGUUACUGCUGUGAUUUAUAUAACUGUGAAAACUCUGAACACUCUGCCAGCUAUUACGAAUUCCUUGGUGUGAGCAGCUGUCAGGAUGUCGUUCACCUGUAUCGACUGCUUUGGUCAUCCACCGUCUUGAACAUUGUUGGCUUGUUCCUUGGCAUAAUCACAGCAGCCAUACUUGGGGCUUUUAAAGAUGUGGUGCCUGCCUCCCAGAUUGCCUUCAGCUCUGCUCCUCCACCACAGAUCCUGUACAAUCCAGCUCAGCAGAUCUUGACAUAUGCUGGAUUUUGUCCCUCAGCAGCCUCCAUUCCUCAUUAUCCUUCCUAUCAUUUACCCCUUCAGCCUACCAGCAAUUUCCCAACAUCUUCAUCUACUGAUCUAUCUUUAGCCGAUGAUCCCCAGCCACCUUCUCAGGCCAGCUGUAACCACGGGGUUCCUCCUAACGCUCCUCCAUUAUACACACCAGCCUAUUUCUUGUCAGGUGAAAAGCCUCCACCGUACGUACCAUAGCCAAUAGAUCAUUCUCAACCUGUUUUUGAAAAGAAAAACAGCUUUGGCAAUGACGACAAUGUGUGCUGACUAGGUUAGCUUCCAUUCAUGAAUGUCUCUUUGCGUGGCAUGGCCUUUCACCAUUUUAAGUCUCAGUGGCAGAAUGACAAAUGGGCAGUGUAAAUGUAAGUAAAUAGUUCAUGAAAUCAAUGUCAGCCUCCAUUUUGGCUACUGGGUCUAUUCCCAGCAUCAUCAAGUGAUUUUUUUUACCCCAACAAAUAUAUUUUCUCCGACAGGGCCACAAUUAACUGUAUUUGAGAUUUAUGUUUAGUUGAACUUAAGAUAAAUUGUCAAAAGUAGUUUGACCUUAACUCUGCUUUACCAAAGAAAACCAAGACCUCCAAACUGAUCUACAUCUCACAUAGCUUCUAUUAAAGCCUGUUAAUAUCCUCAUAAUUAAGAAAAUCUGCCAGAAAAAUGGCAUUUAUUUUCAUAUGCAUCUUUCAACAAUACAGUCAUUGCUAUAAUUAUUUUACAUAUAUAUAUGUAAUUUUUGACUUGAAAUAUCUAUUACAAUAUCCAGAGAAGAGCAGAAUCUAAAAACUAAUUACAGUGGUACCUCUACUUACGAACGCCCCUACUUACGAAUUUUUCAAAAUACGACCAGCUCCGGCC